GGGCCGGGGCCGAGGCCCAGCGACGGGGACGCGCUGGUCUUCUUUAACCUCGGAGCAGUUUGAGAGACGCGCGUGCGAGAGGGAGCAAGAAAACGAUGGAGUAGUGAGGAACGCGACCGCCACGGAUUUACUCUUCCUUUGUCGGCGAUACAACGAGAAGGGCGGCCGUGUAAACCGAGAGCAAAGCGGGAGAAGGUGACCGAGGACAACAAAGGGGGGCGGGUCAGGGGACCGGGAAGGAGGUCAAUCUGUUAAAACGGACAUUUGGACAAGAGCUCGAAGGACACGACCAGCGACCCGGGGAUGGGAAUACCGUACGCGUGAGCCGACCGCGCGCAACUGCGGCGAGAAGGGCACGGGAGCGGCGGCGCAGCGAUCGAACCCGACCGCUUCGAUUAGCGGAGUCGGGGCUCGAGGACAGCUGUCCCGGCGUGCGGCGCCCCGCUGAGGGGCUCAGGAAGGAGCGCAGCUGCCGUGCUUCCCUGGGGGCCACCGGACGCGUCACCUCCGCACGCAGACGAUGCUCAGCUCGGUCCUGGUGGCGGUGACGGACCUCGCGGCCCGGCUCCUCGGCAACGCCACCUUCCGACGCCACUUCCACCUUCUGCUGUCCGGCCUGGUCGUCUUCGGCCCCGCGCUGAGCCUGUGGGUCUCGCAGUACAGCGUGUUCGCCAGAAAGAGUCACUUCCUGUACAGGAUGUUCCUGCGCUCCGGCUGGGGCUGGACCUGCGUCUUCGCCGGUUCCUUCGUGUUCCUCCUGUCCUUUUCCGUGCGGCGCUCCGUCACCCUCUCGCUGCGCCACCUCUCCCGGCUGGCGGUGGCGGGCGCGCUGUGGGUCGGCUUCCGCCGAGCCAUGGCCCUGCUGGAGAACGCCACCGGGAGCUGCUACGAGCCCCUGAGCGCCGCCCCGGAGCGCCACCCUGCGCAGGGCGCGAGCGAGGCCGCGCAGCCCCUGCUCCUGCUCCGCGAGGGCGAGACCAAGGCCAGCUGCCUGGGCGCCGGGAUGCUGUGGCGCGGCUACGAGGUCUCCGAAGACACCUUCCUGCUCUGCAUGUGCUGCCUGCUGCUGGCCGAAGAAACGGCCGUCUUCGGGCCCUACCUGGCCCUGGGCGGCCCCUCGGGCGCCCCGCUGCGCCUCCUCUUCCUCUUCUGCGUGCUGCUGCUGGGCCUCUGGAUCUUCCUGCUGCUCUGCCUCCUGGCCCACUUCCCGCAGUUCCCCACUCAGCUGCUCGGAGGCGCUCUGGGCUGCCUGAGCUGGAGGGGGCUCUACCAGGGCUGGUACCGCAUGGGCCCCGGCUGGUUCUGCCCCGGGCGUCCAGGAGCGGGGUUGCUGACCGCGCAGCGGCGGAAGGACGGCCGCAAUGCGGACGCGCGCGGCGGAGCGCACAAUUAGGGAGGACGAGCGGAGGGAAGGACGGCGAGAGUCCAGAGGAACCGAACGCGGUGUCGGUUGGGUGCGCGUGCGGCGCGGCGUGAGGGAAGCGUGAACAAAAUCACAGCGAAAGGGCUGCUUCUGAGGGCGAAGCCCUUCCACCCACGAGCGGUAGCAGUAAUUCCGUCCACUUCGCUCUGCGGCGCUCAGCUCGGCGCUGGGUUUCCUGCUCUCCGUCCUCCAGGAAAAAGGCGCCGGAGCAAACGGGUGCUGCACGUCUCCUCCUUGUCGGGGCAGCAGCUCCGAACGGAGAAACGGGGUCAGCGUGCGUUCCGGCGCGAGCGGCGCUAGACGCCUACAGCCGCAACUCACGACGUCGCUCCGGCGAGGGGACGGAGGAGAAGUUCUUCGGGCGGCCGGUUCCGGAGAGCCAAAGAGCUCCGUUGCCGGGCGGAGACUCGGGUUAACGGGGUAAAUUGGCUGCUCUUUGUGCAAUCGCUCAAUUGAAAACACGUUUAAAACAAACAAAAAAACGUGACGCGCACGGUUAACGUCCCGUUUCUCCCUCCAUACCGAUGGAAUUUCACGUACGAGUGUGGAACGACGCCGGUGCCCCGUGGUGCCGCCAGCGACCGGCUUCGGGGUUCACCGCAGCGCUGCGCUUCCUCCAGCUCGCAAACGUUUCAGUUACUCUGGGCAUUAAGGUCCAUUUUCCUGCCGUGUUUCUACUUCCAGCUCAGUGAGUUUGAGGUCUUUUUUUUUAAAAGCCGUCUUGAAAAAGUGACGGAAAGUUUUCAAAGAUCUCUUCAUCUGUCCAACACUUUUACUGCGUCACCGUAAAACACUCGUUAGAAAUAAUGGCAUCCAGUGCCACUUACCAUAGUCAGUGCAGCAGAACACGCACGCACGCGCACACACACGCGCACACACACACACACACACACACAUACACACACACACA